AUGUGUGCAAUGAAUAAUUGUGACCGUUCUCAAUUAUAUCAUAAAAGCAUUAUACAAAAAUCAAUCGAUCAUGUUGGUUCAUGGCACUCAGCAGACUCUAUUUCUAUUGAUGAAGAUAGUUAUCAUACUUCCCCAUCACUUAUCGAUACAUCAAAACAAAUAACACAAGAUCAACCUGAUAGUACGGGUACACUGACAGAUUGUAAUAACAAAAAUACAUCAACAGAAGAUAUUUGUCAAACAUCAAAUGUAGUUUCUCAGACGCCACGUAAAUAUCAAUAUUUUAGUGGUGGCGGACUUCGUUUACCUUCACCUAGUCCAGGUCGCAAAGUGACCGAUCAACAAUUUAUAACAACAGGAUUUCAGCGAUCAUACUCUGCUGGCAAUAUUUUAAAUGUAACGCUUGAAGAACGAUUAACGUCGGAUAGUGGUAGAGGUGAUUCAGUAGAACAUUUACCAGCAGCAACUACUACUACUGUACAAACUCCUCAUUAUGUUGUAGUUCCUAUAUUUGGUCAAGAAGGAACAGUAGCAUUAAUGACAAAUCGUUAUGAUUUUGAUCAACGAAAAAUUGAUGAAUAUCAAAAACAAAAAAAUAAGAGUACUCUAAAAUCAUGGUUUGUUAAACAACCACCACCACUACUACUACCACCUCCUGUUACUAAUGUGACAACAUCGAAACCUAGCAGAAGACAUAAAACUCAAUCUACUAGUAUUUUAUCACGUAUUUUCAUAAGAUCGAUUAAACGUCCUCAAACUGGUCCACAUUAUCUCGAACCAAUUGUUCGUCAUCACUUAUCACAAAAUACAAUAAAUGACAAACAUUUAAAAUAA